AUGGAGCAGUUAUUGAUGGUGUUCUCUGAGGAAACAACGGACAUCCAGAUGACCCACACUCCUCACCGGAGGCGGGGGAUGAUUGGGAGCCAAAUGGAUGGCCGUGGCGAGGCAAGAAGCUACGUAAGGGGAGUGAAAACCCAGGAGCCACCCAGCAAUAAACCCUACAACCGAGAUCUCCUCCCAAAAUGCAUGAGCUCCCUGCUCCGAAUGCACAUCCCCCGGGGUCAGAGACCCAGCAUGGAGGAGCUGGAGGAGGUCACAGGAGUGGAGGGACUGGAGGACAUGAAAGAGUUAAUGAAGAGAUGUUGGCACAAUGACAGCCUGAAAAGACCCACUUUUAAAGACUGCAGCAACAAGACAGAGAAGAUUUUUUCUUCCCACAAGUCCAAAAUCGUGCCGGCUGUGCGUCAGGUGCAGGAUGUGCUGAUGAUGAUGGCCAGUUCUUCCAGGGAUGAGUCCAGACCAUCAGUCAGUGUCCCUACACCUGCUCCGACUGAGAGCUCCCAACUCCACACCUCUCCUCCAUCUUUCCUCGGGGUCUCAGAGCAGUGCCAGACACUUCGCUAUGAGGAUCGUCCAUGCAGAAAAGAGGAAGCUGGGCUCCAGAGAAACGUGAAGCAGACAGAGCAUCAGCAAGGACCUGGUACCCCUCAGCCCUGCAGUGUCAGCAUAGGUCCCAGGCAGGGAGGACCGAAUAAAGAAGGAGAAGGACCCAAUAAAGGAGAAUUUGGCUCCCCCAAGACAACCCCAUCACAGUUGAGACCCCCAGCCAAUCAGCCGAGGCCCUUCUUCCCCACCCAGUCCCAACCACAUCUCCUCGCCCAGGGGCCAGAGCAACACAUGCACCCAUUCUGGCAACAGCCUCAGCAACCUCUCUAUGAGUUCUCAGGUGGCAGCAUAAAUAUCGUUGGGCCUUGCUCGGCAAUACAGAUUGGCCGCAACAACACCAUGAAAGUGACCAAGGUGCGAGUAGAGAAGAAGAAGAAGAAGAAGAAAUAAUGGCUCCUUCAUCUCUGAUCACUAGAUGUGUGUGUGGAGCAUCUCAGCCCUCCCUGCCCCCCGCAGAGAAACCCCCCUUUCUCUGGUACGCACCACUUCCCUCUGCAGGGGCACAAUGAACCUCAGCCCCCCACCGUCCUCUCCCAAUUCCCAGCUCCCCCCUCUCCCCCUGUGGUGGGGGGUUGGGGGGGGAUUCCAGCUCCAGGAGCUGGCAUCUCUGGCCACGGAGGACUUUUGUAGCUGCAGCAUUAAAGCAACAGUGAGACUAACUCAAGCCUGG